UCUCACUCGGCUGCACCUUUCAGGCCGAAGCUACUCCGUGCGCGGUUUCGUGAAUUCGUUCCGAUAUUUCAGCUAAACGACGUCGUUAUCCCGGUCCUCUGUUUUGUUCGUUAUCUCAGUGAGGAUGAAUCAGUUAACCUUUUACCGCGCGUAAAACCUCCAUUUGGUUUUCCCAACUACCAUUCUUAGGCCCUCCUCUGUCUCAAUCUUAUUUGCAUAAUUCGCAGAGCAAUCAAUCUCACAUUAUCCAAUCCCAGUUCCAAAUCGGAGAACCACCUAUCAUUCAUCCAUUCCUAUUCUUUGAAACCCAGAUUUUUCUUUGUUAAAUGAUUAACGAGAUUGGUGAAGGUAGAAACAGUUAGUUCAUUUGACAAUGUCCCUUGUAAGAGUUUAUAUGUGAUCAUCAAAUGGAAAAGAAACGAACAGAUGACAGUGAGCCGGGUCCAGUUCCUCCACUGAGAUUGGAUAGAUUUGGGUUUUUGAAGCAGGAACCAUCUCCUGAUGGCUUACCCAAGGGCAGAUCAGCCUUUGAAUGUGAGAGGGAGGAAAGGAGGGUUAGGAAAUGGAGGAAGAUGAUUGGAGUUGGAGGCAGUGAUUGGAAAUAUUAUCUUAGGAGAAAACCUCAUGUUGUUAAAAGAAGAAUAAGAAAAGGAAUUCCUGAUUGUUUAAGAGGUUUGGUGUGGCAGUUGAUAUCUGGAAGUCGGGAUCUUUUGUUGAUGAACCCUGGUGUUUAUGAGCAAUUAGUAAUAUAUGAAACAUCAGCUUCAGAGCUGGAUAUAAUUCGAGAUAUAUCCCGCACCUUCCCUUCACAUGUUUUCUUCCAGCAAAGACAUGGUCCUGGUCAAAGGUCUCUCUACAAUGUUUUGAAGGCAUACUCUGUCUUUGACAGAGAUGUCGGAUAUGUUCAGGGAAUGGGGUUUCUGGCUGGUCUAUUGCUUCUUUAUAUGAGUGAGGAAGAUGCAUUUUGGUUACUGGUCGCAUUACUCAAAGGAGCGGUCCAUGCACCAAUGGAAGGAUUAUAUCAGGUAGGUCUACCACUGGUACAACAAUACCUUUUCCAGUUUGAUCAGUUGGUAAGGGACCAGCUGCCAAAGUUGGGAGAGCAUUUUACCGAAGAAAUGAUAAAUCCUAGCAUGUAUGCAAGCCAGUGGUUCAUUACAGUCUUUUCAUAUUCUUUUCCUUUCCAUUUGGCUCUUCGAAUUUGGGAUGUCUUUCUCCAUGAGGGUGUUAAAAUUGUUUUUAAAGUUGGUUUGGCCCUAUUGAAAUAUUGCCACGAUGAUUUGGUGAAAUUACCCUUUGAGAAACUUAUACAAGCUUUGCGUAACUUCCCUGAGGAUGCAAUGGACCCCGACACUUUACUUCCAAUGGCUUACUCUAUCAAGGUAUCCAGGUGCUUGGAAGAUUUGAAACAUCAGUAUGAUAAGAAAAAUGGGAAGAACCUUAAGCCUUCAAAAGAUGAGAAACCGGCUGGAUGAAGACUGUUCUUAUCCCAUGGGAGUUAGUGCAGCUCAUCAUUCUUCAUUCUUCUGUAGGAACUAGAGAGUCCGAUUUAUAUAGGGCAGCUAUUGUAUAAAGAUGUAUUGACCAUUGACAGUGCCAUAAUUAUUGUCGGAUAGUUUCUUUCAAAUCCAAGGUCAUGAACUGCUGCCCUAUUCUUUUAGAAAUAUAUUCUGUAAGGUGCUAUAGUUCUCAUUGUGGAGCUAAGGAUUCCUUUAUCCCCAUACUGGUGGUUGCUUGUGGCGAUGGAUGUCCGAGCUAGGGUCCGGCUAGUUUUAGUGGAAGAAGAAAGGAGUUGCCGUAGUUGAUAGCUUUGAUGUAAAUGAGGCCUCAAGUACUACUCACAUCUUAAACUGUGAGUUUAUGUGUGCUUUCCUUGGAAUAUAGUUGAUGAAUAUCAAAUAUAGCUUUGAAUUUCAUUCGGAACACA